AGAAUAGCCAGGUCGGGGAGUCACCAGAAGGGGGUUCUUUCGUCCACGAGGCAUGUACUCUGGCUAAAGCGUUGAUGGCUAUAGGUGACGAGAAGGAGAUGUGGGAUGUGAUCCAAGGCGUGUGGGUGGAGAUGCUCUGCUUCUCUGCCAGCAGGUGCCGAGGGUACCUGCACGCCAAGAGUCUGGGUACCGGCGGGGAGUUGCUGACCUGUGUGUGGCUCUUGUGGUCGCACAUGGAGAUGGAAACCUUGGCGGAGAGGAUGCAGGGAACGGACGGCGUGGAGUUUCCAGGUGAAGAUGGAGAAGGAACUGCUAGCGCUUCUCAUCAGGGAAAUCGAUUCACCAGCACCGGGGUUUCCAUGGCCAGCGGCAUCGUAGAAGAAGACGAGUUGAUCGAAGAAGACGGCUAAGAUGUUUGAUGCAGUUUGCAGUUGCUUCUAUAUGCAGGAGGGAGUCUAAUGUCCCUGUGUUUGCUUCCACUCCUAAGCUAGUGUUCCUUGUUAAUUUUUCGGUUGUCUUUUAAAGUUAAUCUCGAUCAGUACCAUGCUUCCGCAUGCGUCUCCUUGUUUGUUGGUGUUCUCCUCUCCUGCUACUAGCUUAGCUAUCUAGCUCCUGUAUUGUCAUAGUUGCAAUGUAUGACUCUGUUUGUGGACCAACAUAAUGUUGAAAUUAUUGGGCUAGGCCCAUAACACCAAUGGCUUUACUGGCUCUGAAAUUUGAGACCUCUUUCAACACUCAAUGGCAAAUUUGCCACGGCCCUGCUGCUUGUGGUAUGGAAUGGAUGGAGUAUAAUGUUGUAGUAUAUAUCAAACUAAGCAAACACUUACUAAUGCAGAAAAAUGUUGCAGACAAACUUACUUGGUACUAUCAAAUUUAUUUUUAUUGAUGACUCGAUCCAGUCAAUAGAUACACGGCGGGUAACAAAGGACAUAUCAAAUACAAAACUCAACACAUGAACUAACUAUAGAUAGACCUAAGCACAGGAAGCUCACAUCCAUAUACCACACUUCACCAUCCCCUAAAAACACACCUUUCCCCUUCCGGAAAAACACAAGAUCGAUCCACUCUCCUACAUAUCUUGCAGUAGUCACAAGGAGAUCGAUCACAACCCGCCCGAGAACAAUUGCCAAAGGAUAGAAGUUGCCCUACCUUAGUAGAGGUAAAAAUCGCCGCGCCCGGUGAGCCCGGCCGGCCAUGGCACCGCCGUUUCACCCAGAGAUCGCCAAGUAGCUAGCCCUUCAUGAAUGAAGAAAGCAGUCCACGCUAUAGCUCCGUUGGUGUCUGAAGCUAGCUAGCACAUGUUGCCCAUGGCGAGGGCACACUCCAGGUUAAGAACACACACAACACCCUGAAGCAGCAGCUGGUAAGUACCGGGUAGUUGCUGGCCGCUUAUGGUAGCUAGCACCAUGCAUGACAUAAGCUAAUCAAGAUCUUGUGGCCUACGCAUGGUGUUGCGUGUGCAUGGACGAUAGAUGGAUGGAUAAUGGAGCGUGCCCUGACCCUGCCCCUGCCUUGCCCUUGGGCCGGCGCGUAAGAGGGGGAGAAGAGGAAGCUCCCAUUGGGUG